CUUCCAACUAUCCACACGUCACUCGCAGCGACAGCGACAGUAAGAAGUCAGUGAAGUGAAUUUCUUUUCAUUGAAUGUGGACAUUGUGGUUGUGAAUACGCCGAGGAAAAUGCAAAUUCCAAAUGAAUACGUUUCUACUGCGGAAGAUGUUGCAGAUCAGGUCAUACGCAAAGGCAAGAAUGUCCUGCCGACGGUGGCCAGGCUGUGUCUUAUCAGUACGUUCCUCGAGGACGGGCUCCGCAUGUGGUUCCAGUGGUCGGAACAGCGGGACUACAUGGACAUGUCGUGGGGAUGCGGCAAGUUCCUCGCUACCAUGUUUGUGAUAAUAAAUCUGCUGGGUCAGAUCGGAGGAUGCGUGAUGGUGCUCGGAAGGCUGAAGGUGGACAUCGCUUGCGGUGUGCUCUUCUUCAUUGUAGUUCUUCAGACAUUCGCCUACAGCAUACUAUGGGACAUGCAAUUCCUGCUCCGUAAUCUCGCCCUCAUCGGCGCCCUGUUACUAGUGGUCGCAGAAGCCCGUGCGGAAGGCCGGAGCCUGUUCGCCGGCGUGCCGUCCCUGGGAGAGAACAAACCGAAGACGUACCUCCAGCUCGCUGGGAGGAUCCUUCUCGCGUUCAUGUUCAUAACGCUGCUGCGGUUCGAGGUGUCUUUCGUACAGAUCGUCCAAGACAUCCUCGGCAGCAUCCUUAUGGUCCUAGUAACAAUCGGGUACCGUACCAAGUUGUCCGCGCUAAUGCUCGUGCUGGUUCUCACCGUGCUCAACCUGUACCACAACGCGUGGUGGGCAGUGCCGAGCUACAAGCCGCUGAGGGACUUCCUUAAAUACGACUUCUUCCAGACACUAUCCGUGAUCGGCGGUCUGCUCAUGAUUGUCUAUUUGGGCCCCGGCGGCGUUAGCAUGGACGAACACAAGAAGAAGUGGUAGGCAGUGCGGUACGAACGUUACAUGGUGCGAUAUGACGUUGACAAAGGAGCGUCGCGGCCGCCUCUAUAUACAGUGUGGAAAAAAUUAAUGGGCCCUGGAGGGAAACCGCUUUAAAACCUUAAGUUAGUUCG